CAACGCAAUAAAGCUGAUUAUGACAACAUUAAAUGCGCUUACAACUUGGUUUACGCCGCGUAUGAAUCCUUUCUAUUUUGGACGGACAAAUCCAAUUCCCAUUUUUUUACUCAAUCAAUCAACAGUCAAACACACACCAAAUGUAUCUCAUCCAUUGCUAGUUCUCUCCACAUAAUAAUACCCAGUCAGUCAGUCAGUCAUGUCUCUCUCUUUCACUUCCCCACCUCGUUCCCGCCGGCGUCACCACCGCCACAACCACCGCACACCGUUCCUCUUCCUUUUCCUCGGCAUAGUCACAAUCCUAUUCACUCAAUCACACGCUCGCUUAUUUACUCGCGAUCUAAUUUCCGAUGGUUCCAACUUUCUCCGUCUUCCAACAGAUUUACGAGAAGAAUCCACCUGUGAACAGACCUACGGUUUCUUACCAUGCACCACAACCGUUUUCGGUAACUUGUUCCUUAUCAUUGUUUAUGGAUUCCUCAUGUACACUGCUGCUACUUUCUUAUCUAAUGGUAGUGAACUCUUGCUUGAGAUCUUGGGUCCUGGCAUUGUUGGUGGCUUGUUUCUUCCUAUUCUUGGUGCUCUCCCUGAUGCCAUGCUCAUCCUCGUAUCUGGGCUUUCAGGAAGUCCCGAAGUUGCUCAAAGUCAGGUAUCUGUUGGAAUGGGACUGCUAGCUGGAUCAACAGUGCUGCUUCUCACUAUAAUAUGGGGGACUUGUGUAAUUGUAGGCAAGUGUGACAUUGAGGAUUCAAUUGCAUUAGAUUCAACAGACACUAGGGGAUUCCAUUUAACUGGUUCUGGUGUUAGUACUGAUAUUUGGACAAGUUAUGCUGCAAGGAUUAUGAUUAUAUCCGUCAUUCCAUUUUUGAUUGUUCAAUUACCACAGAUUCUCCAUUCAACUUCUGGAAGGCACUUGGCUGUUUUGAUUGGUUUUGUUGUCUCUGUCUGUUUAUUGAUCUCUUAUUGCCUUUACCAGAUUUUCCAGCCCUGGAUACAAAAGAGAAAAUUGGAAUAUAUUAAACACAAGCAUGUUAUUGUGGGACUUUUGAGACAUUUGAAGAUGCGUUCAUUGGGAAGGCUGCUAAAUGAUGAUGGUACACCGAAUAAAGAAGUAAUUAAAAAGUUGUUUGCAACCAUUGAUGAAAAUAAAGAUGGGCAUCUUACUCACGGUGAAAUGACAGCACUAGUUGUUGGAAUUCAAUUUGAGGAGAUUGACUUGGAGCACGAUGAUGCUGUGAGAAGAAUAAUGGCAGAUUUUGAUACUUCUCGUAAUCAACUUAUUGAUGAAGAAGAAUUUGUUACUGGAGUCUGUAGAUGGCUUCAAGCAGCGGGGCGUUCUCGUGCUCCAGCUGGUGAUGCUGGUUCACACACUGUGAAGUUUUUAAGCGAUUUUCACACAGAAACAAAGAGGGAACACGAUCUUCUAGAUGUCGGGGGUCACGGUGAUGAAGUCUCUGAGGGUGUAGAGAAUGCUAAAUGGAUUUCCAUCAAAGCAGGAUUAUUCCUGUUACUAGGUUCUCUUAUUGCUGCUGCAUUUGCUGAUCCUUUGGUUGAUGUAGUUGAUAACUUUUCUGAUGCUACAAGUAUUCCAGCUUUCUUCAUUUCCUUCAUUUUUCUACCUCUUGCAACCAAUUCAAGUGAAGCAGUAUCGGCAAUAAUUUUUGCUAGUCGUGAUAAGAGGCAAACAGCAUCAUUAACAUUUUCUGAGAUAUAUGGUGCAGUAACGAUGAACAAUGUGCUAUGUCUAUCGGUCUUCUUGGCACUCGUAUAUGUGAGGGGUUUGACAUGGGACUUUUCUUCAGAAGUGUUGGUUAUUCUCAUCGUUUGCAUUGUCAUGGGUGCCUUCGCCAGUUUCCGGACGGUUUUCCCUCUAUGGACAUCAAUAAUAGCUAUCCUGCUUUAUCCUUUCUCCCUGGCAUUGGUCUAUGUUCUUGAUUAUCAAUUUGGGUGGUCAUAGAUCAAAUGCUGUUGUUUUAUGCAAUGUUUUUAUAUGUCUCUUUUCCUUCUUUAGGGUGUAUUGGAUAUUGAGAACGGUUGUGUGGGUACAGUUUUGAAUCAUUUAGCAGAUUGUGAGAGUAAUUAUGCAAAAUAAAUAUUGUGAUGUUCAUGUA